UUUAUUCAAAUUUGCUCUCCGAAAAAAGGUUAAAAACGACUAUCAUGUGAAUGUUUGUUUUUGUUUGUGUAAAGUUUGGUUUUAUACGUAUGAUUUCACCUGUCAGAAAUAAUGCACGACGCGUAUGAGCCAGGGACCAUUUUGGAAAAGCUUCCAUUAAAAAUAGAAUCUAUCACUUGUUAUGAUGAUAUUUUGCUGGUGGGGACAAAGGAUGGACCGCUUUUAAAAUACAACAUAAAGCGAACAAGGGCUUCAGGGGAGUUGAAGUAUGACGUGUCCUUGGAGAAGUCCUACAAAUCAUUCUCAAAGAAAGCAGUACAACAGUUGUGUGCAGUGCCAGAUUGUUUUAUUCUCAUCAGCUUAUCAGAUAACGUCGUUAGUGUUCAUGAUCUUAACAACAUCUCUCAUAUUUCAACAUUAGCAAAAACAAAAGGUGCAUCAUUGUUUGCAACAGACCUCCAGACUCAUGUAUCUCAAAGCGGAGAGAAGCAGCCUACCCUGCAGAUGUGUGUGGCAAACAAGCGCAAGAUCCAUGUCAUGUUCUGGAAAAAUCAGGAAUUUGUCGAGCUUAUGUCUGACCUGAUAGUGUAUGAUGUCCCGCGAGCCAUGGUGUGGUGCAAGGACCGAAUAUGUGUGGGAUUUAGACGUGACUACUUCAUACUGCGGGUAGGUUCAGGUGAUCCCAAGGAGCUGUUCCCAUUAGGGAGCAGACAGACUGAUCCUGUGAUAGCCAGGUAUGAAGAUCAGGGCUUUGUGCUGGGGCGAGAUGACAUGUCCAUCAUUGUAGACAUCAAUGGCUUGCCCACUCAGAAGUAUGGUGUAAAAUGGACAGACAUUCCUAUAUCCAUGGUGCAUGAGAACCCAUAUGUGAUAUCGAUCCUGCCUAAGAUGAUCGAAGUGCGCACAGUGGAGCCUAACCUGCUGAUCCAGAGCAUCAGUCUACAGAACGCCACGUGCAUAUGUCAGGGUCAAGGCCAGCUGUACGUGGCCUCCAGCAACCACGUGUGGCGCCUCAACCCUGUCUCCGUGAGCAGCCAGAUAAGACAGCUAGUCAGUAACAAGGAGUUUGAACUGGCGCUCAAGUUAGCUAACAUGACAGAGGAACCCUUGGAGGACAAAAAGAUCAGGAUCGACCAUAUCAAGCAGCUAUUUGCUGUCAACCUGUUCUGUAAACUCCAGUUUGAAGAGUCCAUGAAAAUAUUUGUGGAGCUUGAUACAGACCCGUCUCAUGUGAUAGGCCUUUAUCCAAACCUGCUGCCUCCAGAGUUCCGCAAGAAGCUGGAGUAUCCUGAGCCCCUGCCCAAACUGGAAGGUGGUGACCUUGAGAAGGGACUACUGGCCCUUACUGACUACCUCAAUGAUAAAAAGCGUAAGCUGAAUAAGAAACAGUUUGUUAUGACGACGGCUAUCAAAGAGGGCAAUGACACCAUAAGUAGCAAGGAGCAGCUGGCUCAGAUCAUAGACACCACCCUGCUCAAGUGCUACCUGCAGACUAAUGAUGCGCUGGUGGCCUCAUUGUUACGUCUUCCAGACAACAAUGUCCACGUUGAGGAGGCAGAGAGAUCUCUGAAGAAGAAGGAGAAGUAUAGCGAGCUAAUUAUCCUUUAUGAGAAAAAGGAGCUCCAUGAGAAAGCUCUGAGUACCCUGAUGAAGCAGGCAACCCGCCCCAACUCCUUACUGCAAGGCUGUGAUAGAACUGUGCAAUACCUACAACGCCUUGGUCCGGACCAUUUGAAACUGAUAUUUGAAUAUGCAAAAUGGGUGAUUGAGAAAUAUCCAGAGGAGGGGCUUAAGAUAUUUACGGAGGAUCUCUCGGAGGUGGAAAAUUUACCAAGGUCUCAAGUGCUAGGCUAUCUGGAGGGUCUAAACAAGGGCAGCAAGGACCUUGCAAUCAUGUAUCUGGACCAUGUGAUCACGAAUUGGCACGAUACGAAUGAGGACCUGCACAGCCGCUAUGCCCAGCUACUGAGGGAUAGGGUGCAAGCCUCCAUGGAGGAGUAUCUGAGGGGUUUACCAGAGGGUCAUAUCCCGGCACUGGCGGGCAAGGAGCCUGGGAGGCUGGGAGAGUACCGCAGCAAGCUGAUACACUUUUUGGACAACUCCAUGUACUACAAGCCAGAGGAGCUGCUUCCCAGAUACCCCAUGAACAGAUUCUAUGAGGAGCGGGCCAUACUGCUGGGCAGGCUUGGGCGACAUGAGGUGGCACUGGGGCUGUAUAUCGUGGUACUCAAUGAUCACGCACUUGCAGAAAAAUACUGCCAAAAAUACUACAAGAAAGACACACCUGCAAAUAAGGAUGUGUACUACUACCUCUUGAAGGUCUACCUGCAGCCCCCGGACCCAUCCAGUCUGGGGCUGACAGCCUUCAAGGAGGGACAGCGGCCCCGGCCGGACAAGGACCAGGCCCUUAGGAUCAUGGAGGAGCAUGCAGGGUGUAUAGACACCACAAAGGCUCUAGAGUUGUUGCCCCCUGAUACAAAGAUAGAAAGCAUACUGACAUUCAUGGAGAAGGUUCUGGAACUGAAAGCGGCAACUAAACACAGCGCCAGUGUGCUGCGUAAUAUGCUCUACUCUGAGAGCUUGCAUGUGCAUGAGCAGAGGAUGUUCUAUGAGAAAGAGAAAGUUGUCAUCACGGAUCUCAAGAAUUGCACUGUGUGCAAGAAACGCAUAGGAAACAGUUUCUUUGCUCGCUAUCCCAAUGGUGUGAUUGUGCACUACGGCUGCUGCAAGGAGCCCAAAGUUCCCCCUGGAGACACCUGAUAACUGCACUAGGGUGGUCUAGAUUAGCUUCAACAUUUUACCUGCUACAUUUUACCUGCCAUUAGCAUUGAUUGCAUUAUAUUGGUAUUGUAAAGCAUAGGCAAGUGUAUUGCAAUGUAUUCAACACACACACUGGAUGAAAGUUUAAAGCUUUGUGUACUUCAUGUUGUGUGUUUUAAGAGCAAUUACUGUUAAAAAGCACACAUAAAUGCAAUCGUCAUUUUUGUGUUAAAAAUCAAAAGUAGUUGAUGCAGAAGCAUUAACAUAAAUGUAAUCAUGUUAAAAAAUAUGACACUUCCCUUUCAAAUGAGUUAGUUGAAUUCCUCCUAAAGGCUCACAAAGGAUGUAUAUUGUCACCUGAUUAUGGCUUUACUAUUGGAAAUGGUAACUUUCGAAAUUGCUUAUUUUCCCAUGUAACUUUGUAACUUUUUUUUAUCACUUCUAUUGGCAUUUACUGCAAAUAUGACAACAACUUUUCUAACGUAGUAGACUUACGUAGUAUAGGAUUGGAGUCUUCCCUGUGUCUUCCAAUGGAACAUCACAGAAACAUAAUCUCUUAAACACUUUAGAGUGUUAUUAUGGUAAUAGUCAAAAUUGUGAUACGCAUUGAUUGGAAUAUUUGUGUUCAAGGUGAUUGUGUGCAGAUUUCCGACCAAGCAAGAAGUGUGUAUACCAGUAAUGUAAAUUUAAAAAAUAGGUUCCAAUACUCAAUGUGCCAUGUGAUUAAGUGCUCUUCUAGUAUUUGUAUAUAGUUGUGUUUUUUAUUUAAUAUAUAUGGUUAUGUGUCUUUAUGUAUACAAUGUUCUGGAAGUGGUAAAAUCCGCUUGAAGUUAUCUUUUAAUAAUCUGUUUAUUGAAACUUAAAAUAUGUGUCAUUCUUGUAAAUAUGUAUGUAAAUCCUGAAAUAUUGUAUUAAACAUAAAGUAUUUGUUGCCGGUGUGAGUUGGCAGUACAUGGCAUACAAUGUCCACAGUUAAUUGUUUUCCAUUAAUUGAUGUCAAGCAAUAUAGUCACAUGAUGGAAAUACCUAUACCUAGACAAUUACAAUCAUUCCACAAACAGAACAAAACAUGUGAUACAUUGUAGUAUGAAAUAGGAAAUGAUAUUAAUAUCACAUUAAUUCACACACAUAUCACAAUUCAAUUGUACACAGAUAUUCUUAAUAUAUUAUUUAUAAUGAAAAAUACUUUAAUUCACCAGGUUGAUAAAAAACAAAAGGGCACAAAGGUAGGAAAUGUAGUGUUUUGACUGAAUGCAAGGGCAUUAUUUGAAUGAAAUAAAAUAGUAUUAUUGAAUGACCAAUGAGAAUCUUGCAUCCAUCAUAGACUGUACAACAUAAUCAGGUUAACCAGUGAUAUAUACAGAUCAGUUGAAAACAGUUUUAGUAAAAAAAAUAUAUAUUAUUUAUUUAUCAGUCAAAACACUCUGCCAAAAUGUUGUAGAGCUCACAUGUCACAAUUGAACAACUACAUUUUUUUGCAUAAAAGUGUGUUUGAGCUCACUAAAAAAAAAAACUGUAACAACCUACUGGUAUAUAAAAAUAUGGUUUCAUUGUUAUAUCUUAUUCUCACACUGACUGUAAGAAAUAAAAUCAUGUAAGAUAAAUAAAGAGAAUACUAGAAGAGUUGCUUUCAGGUUGAUUAAGCCCUGCUAAGAUUAUCUAGAGGGUCAACCAUGGACAGUUAUCCAUGUUUGCGGUCUGACCUGUUUCUUUCAUGUUGUUCUCAUCGUUGUUGUCCUUUUUCGGAAAAUAAACCAUAGGAAAUGUAAGAAAAGUAUUAUAAACAUUUACAUCAUGAAAAUACGCAGGUGACAGUUCAAUUCCAACAAUGCAUCACUGUAUUUAUUUACAGCAUAAAGUUUCAGUAUGAUUGGCAAAUCAGGUUAGACGCUUUACUAUAAAUGCAAUAAAAAAUAUGUUAUGAAAGAUUGUAUAGAUCUACUUUGUAUGCAUCAAGUUCUACAGUCAUAUAAUUAUAUCUUAAGUUGUGUGCUAAUGUACAUCUGGUUGACUCAAGAUGUUGCCACAUUUAAUUAUAACAGUUUUGUAUUGUUAAGUUUAUGUUACAUAUUCCUUUAUCUAUUGCCUUGCUAAAUACAAUAAAAUUAUUGAUAAAUUUA